CUUCAAAACCUUCACACGAGCAUCCCUAGCAUCCUUCUCGCUCUUCUUCUACUGACUUGACGGUUAGAGUCUCUUUUGGCCGGCAUUUCCCCCAUCUCGAGCUUUUUGACUAUCAUUGCCCAUGUAUUUUUCAGGUUGCUGAUGCCCGCAUUAAUUUUUUCCUCAAUUGUAAUUUGAACAUCUUCAUUGUGCUUUCUUUCGCUAGUCUUUCUGGGCAACGAUCCUCAAUAUAUUCCAUGUAGAUGUGAAGUUCCCUAGAUUGCUUUGCUUUGCUUUGCAUCACUUUUGGAUGGUUUAUACAGAUCUGCUUUUCUUUUUAAUUAUCUUGUCGCACUAAACUCCCUCUCAGUUUAACUCGUUUUUCGCUCAGUUCGACUCGGAUAAAUUGUUAUUUGAACUCUCUCUGCAAUCUGUGCCGUGUAUGUACCUCUGCAUUUACUGGUUUUCUGUGUACAUUUGACGGAUAAUGCGCCAAGGGAGGACAAUGUCUACUUCUGUCUCUCGCAUUGAAGUAAUCGAUCACGGAAAUGCUGGUUUGAAGGCGAGUUUGGCCUGAGCUCCGGUGAGGCUCCGGUUUGCCGGUGGAAUUUUCUUAGGAGGCCAGGAUGUUCAGGUCUGCGAGAUCGAGGAGCAAGAAGAACAAGAUCGAAUUUGUGUUCAAGUUGCAGUUUCAUGCUACUCAGGUGUCAGAGAUAGCUGCAGAAUGUUUGAUGAUAUCCGUGUUGCCUGUGGAUGUGGGGAAGGCAACUGUGAGAUUAGAGAAGGUUUCUGCACAAGAAGGAUGCUGUCGGUGGGCAAAUCCGGCUUAUGAAACAGUGAAAUUCUUUCAGGACUCAAAGACGGGGAAGAUCAAUGGGAGACCAUACCGCUUUAAUGUCUCAACGGUGGUUUCGUUGCCAAUCGUUGGGGAAGUUUCAAUUUAUUUUGCUGAUUAUGCUGAGGCAACUAAAGCUUCACUCUCUCUUCCUCUUAAGAAUUCAAAACCCAAUAUAGUUGUGCAUAACUUCUGCAGAAAGGUCAAGGAUUGUGAAGACACAGUAAUUAUGCCCCUGGAUAGGAGCUUGAGGACCCAACUAAGCUCUGGUGAUUCAGAUGAAAAUGUCAAGGGUGACUUUAUUGAAACAAAGAUGAACAUCCUUAACUCCAAAUGUGAUAUCAUGCCUCGAUGCCUCAAAAAGAAGCAGCAAAUGCUCCAAUCACAUUCUUUGAGGAGAAUCAGAGAACACAGUGGGAGUGAGUGGUCAGGGGGUUCUGAUCUUGGAAUGAGUUCGGACGAAUCUACCAAUGGUUCUCAUGACAGCAUUCCAAGAGAAAGAUCUCAACAGGCUUCAGAAUUUGAAAUUGAAAAUCUCAAAUCCCAACUUGUUGCUUUGGCUAGGCAGGUUGAUGUGUCAGAGUUGGAAUUACAGACUCUGCGGAAACAAAUUGUCAAAGAAACAAGAAGAGGACAGGAUCUCUCAAGGGAAGUAAUUAUCUUGAAGGAGGAGAGAGAUGCCCUCAAACAAGAAUGUGAGAAAUUCAAGUCCUUUCAGAAGACUGCAGAAGAGGCAGAGAGUAAAAAUAAGUUACAGUUUGAGGGUGGGGAUCCAAGGGCUCUGCUAGACGAGGUCAGACAAGAAUUGAAUUAUGAGAAAGACCUAAAUGCCAAUCUUCGGCUACAACUACAGAAGACACAGGACUCAAAUGCUGAGUUAAUUCUUGCGGUACAAGACUUAGAAGAUAUGUUAAAGCAGAAGAACAGGGAGUCACACAAUGGUGCGAAGAAAUCAGGAUCCUGGGAGAAUGAAUUCAAAAGGCAGUCACAACAAUCCUCUGACUCUUCGGCAACCAUAAGUGAACUGGAAUACUAUAUAGAGAGCUUGGAGGAAGAAGUGGAGAAGCAAGCACAAGGAUUUGAAGCUGAUCUAGAAGCUGUUAUCAAUGCAAAAGUUGAGCAGGAGCAAAGAGCCAUCGGAGCAGAGGAACCUUUGCAAGCGGCAAAGUGGAAGAAUGCUAAUACUGCUGAGAGGUUGCUGGAGGAGUUUAAAAGGCUCUCUGUUCAAAUGGCCUCGACCUUUGUUGCAAAUGAGAAAGCAUCCAUGAACGCACUGGCUGAAGCUAGCGAACUUCGUUUGUGGAACACCACACUUGAAGAAAUGCUCCAGAAAGCUAAUGAAGAGCUUCAGUUGGUUAGGGAUGACUAUGAGGCAAAAUUGUGUGAUCUUUCUAACCAACUAAUUGCUAAAACAAAUCAUGGAGAACAGAUGAUGUUGGAAAUAGAUGUCAAGUCCAAUGCGCUUGAACAUCAAAGGAAGCAUGAGGAAGGCGUCGGUGGGGCUUUAUCUAAAGAGAUCCUAGAACUAAAGGUUGAAAUUGAAAGGCUUGCAAAAGUGAAUACUAUCCUUUCUGAAAAAACAGAACGGACGGAAAAAUUGAGGGAUGAACUGAAACAAAUGAAGGCAUCGAUUGACGAGGCUGAGAUGCUGGUGCAACGAGGGGAUGUGGAGAGAAAUGAACUGUUGGGUACAAUUGCAUUGGCGCAGAAGGAAGCAGAGAAUUCACAGAAGGAAGUAAAGCAGAUGAAAUCUAUCGAAGUUGAAAAGGAGAAAGAAAUUGAAGACUUACGAUCAGCGAUGGAUACACUUAAAUCUCAGUGCAACGAUUUAGAGCAUUCUUUGUUUGAGGAAAAGACGGAAAAGGUAAAACUCAGAAAGCAGGCAUUCCAAUUAAAGGGUAACCUUAAGAAGAAGGAAGAUGCUUUUAACAGUAUUGAGAAGAAGCUCAAGGAUAGUAAAAGGCGUGGAACAAAUUCUGAUGCAACAAAAAUUACUUCAAGAAACAACAAAUCAUCUCCAGUCUCUAAUGGCACCAAAGAGGUGGCAAAUCUGAGGGAGAAAAUAAAAUCGCUUGAGGGACAGAUAACGCUAAAGGAAAAUGCUUUAGAGACCUCUACAAAUUCGUUUUUGGAGAAGGAAAUGGAUCUUUUAAACAAAAUUGAAGAGCUAGAAAGCAGAGUGAAUGAGCUCAGGCACAACAGUACAGAAUUAUGUGACUACGAAGUUCAAAAGGGAGCCAAAGAUUUAGUUGGCAUUAGCUCGAAUGAUGCUGCCACCGAAGAAGUUAGAAUGACGGAUGAAUAUCUAAACAGCACAGCCUGCAAGUAUGGAGAAAAUGUGAAUGCAGAAACAUCAAUGAAGAGUGGUGUUGAACACCUUUCAACAAAUAGAGAAAUGAAUGUCUGUGCUACCAAUAACAGAGAUUGCAACUUUAAUGAGUUAUUAACGGAAUUAGUAUCGCUGAAGGAGAGAAACGGCACAAUGGAAAGUGAACUCAAGGAGAUGCAGGAGAGAUAUUCAGAAAUAAGUCUGAAGUUUGCAGAAGUAGAAGGUGAAAGACAACAGCUUGUAAUCACUGUACGUAACCUCAAAAACUCCAUGAAGAACUAACAAUUGAUUCUUGAUAUACUUAUACCAUGUAUGGUUGAAAUAGCUUGGUGUGUACACAAUGCAAAUCUAGAUGGGACAGUCCCCUGAGAUUCAAUAAAUUAAUUUGUACAAAACUAAUAGAGAUAUCGAGAAAUGCCAAUGUAAUUUAAUUUUCAACGUGAUUGUAAUUUUGAAUCAAUAUAUUCUUUUGGUUUUGCAUAAGUAUUAGAAAAGCAUUACAGGCUAGA